AUAAACGGUUACUUUUAGAAACGAUUUUUUCACAAAAUGAUUAAUUUAUGGAUUCUGCUGAUCGUUGAAAUAGAAUUAAUUACGGUAGAAAAUUACAUCGUUAAUGACGAUUCGUACAAUGACGAUACGUUGUUUUCAGUAUACGACAAUGGAACUUACAACGUGAAAGAAAUUCACAACGAACUAGAUGAUGAUUAUUUACCAGAAUUUGUGACAGAUAACGAACUCGAUGAAAAAUCUCGUUUACUCGAUUUCGAAGAAAAUUACGUUAAACCGAAUAUAAAACAAAAUUUGAAACAGUAUAAAAAUUACAAAUAUGCUAAAAAGAAACGAGAGCUGAAUGCGGAUUCCGAUGACCAGUACACGUUUCGAUACAAAACCGAUAACGUAACCGAGGCAGCGUACGAUUACGAUAAAUUCAAACAAGAGUACGAUCACGAUGUUGACGAGCUAAAAAAAUCUCAAGCUAAACUAAACCUUUCCGAUUUCAAACCGAUAGCGAAGUCAGAAUGUAGCACAGGUUUAUUCGAUAAGGGACCGUUCACGAUGGCUUGCCUUAUUCAAGAAAAUCGCGCCGGAGAGACUGAAGCCAUAAGAAACGAUGCUGGAAAAUCGAUAGAAGAGCUGUUGAAAUUGUGGGGAAUUGCCUUCGUCUUGUUUGUAGUGAUCGGAUGGGGUAAUUAUGGAUGUUGUAACUGGAUAUGCCCGACUAAACAUUGCUUUCCUGAUGAUGGUUACGAAGAAAUUAAACAAAAGUUGGCUUUGAAUCCUCCAGGAACACUCAUGAGUAAGGUAGACCCAAAGACAGACGACAAAUCAAAAACGAAAUUCGAAAAGGAAUAUUAUCAGCCAUCAGAGACAGAAUAUUACUUAUAUAAUAGCGUAUGGAACGAUAUAUAUCAUGUAUAAAUUACCAAUUUUUA